UUUAUUGUUUUGACAAAAUUUAGGUGAGGGUUGCCAAAGUAAAAAGCGCUAAUUAUAAUAGGCCUAGUCACUGUCCUCCUGCCAGCCACGCCCAUUAUUGCAAAGAAGCUAUUAGCUUGGAAAGGCCAGCUAUAAUUGUUAGCUAGCUAGGUAUGGCCUUCUCAAGACUUGCUCUAAGCCUACUACUAGGACUGACGGUGUCUGUUGGAUGGGUACAUGCACAAACACUGACUCGACUGGCAGCAUCCAAUGAGCCCGUUGGCACUGACGACACUGGAGAGAUCAUCUCAUUCUCUGAUGUUGGAUCAGGAGCUACUGGUAAUCCACGCCCCUGGAUUUGCUACACCGUAGACACUGAUAGUGUAUUGUGGCUGUUCCCCGAUGGGAGUGCAUUGCAAUUUGGAGAAAGUAGAGUGUUGGCAGUUGAGGACGAAGUGUUCAUCAGAGAUAUUCCUAAUGUUGGCGUUGCUCUGUAUCGUGGUCCCACACACUUCAGUCCUGAUGGAGAACACUGCUGUGUGAGGACUACCACCAAUGAGAGGCUGUGUGUCACCUUCACUCCCUGCCCCACACUGAGUCCCCUCACUGACACUAAUGGAAGGAUCUCAUACAACCCAGUCAACAACAUGGCCACCUACAGCUGUGUCACUGGGUACACACCAACCAUCACCAGUGGAACAGCUCUGCAGAUAACUUGUGGGGGUGGGAGUGAUACUAGUGCUGGUACCUGGUCUCCAUCACCACCUACAGUUAUUUGUACAAUCGUCACCUGCCCUGUCCUAACCUCCCCUACCAAUGGAGGUGUGUCCACCCCUAGUCGGGAUUACCUUAGAUUUGCUGCAUACAGCUGUGAUACUGGCUACGUCCUCACUGGUAGUGCUACUAGACAGUGUCAAGCUACUGGUCAGUGGUCAGGAGUGGCACCAACUUGUCCACCUGUUGACUGUGGACCACUAACUAUUCCCAAUGGAGUAGUAGAGGCAUCUUCUGGAACCACCUUCAUGAUGACUGCUACCUACACCUGUAACACUGGAUACGUCCGUGUUGGUAGUGAGAGCAGAACUUGUGGAGCAACUACACUAAGUGAUGGAGUGUGGAGUCCAGCUGCACCAGUUUGUGAACCUGUCUCCUGUGGCAACCCUCCCACUGUUACCAAUAGUGGCAGGACUUCUACUGGUACAACAUUCGGAGAGACGACCGCCUACACCUGUAACACUGGGUACCAAAGGUCAGGAUCAGCCACGAUAUCUUGUCUUGCUAGUGGGAGCUGGAGUACAGCACCAGUGUGUAGAGCUCUCUGUGAUGACCUUCCUUCACUGUUCAAUGGAGUGAUCAGCUACGGCUCUAGCACCUCACCACACCUUGAGGGAACCAUUGCUACACACAGCUGUGAUGGAGGGUAUAGAGUAUCUACUGGUGGAGGCACUAGGACCUGUCAGUCUAACAGAUCAUGGAGUGGAACAUCCCUCACUUGUACACUGAUUUGCCCCAACGUCCAACUAACGGCCAAUGGAGUGGUGACCUACAGCGACCCCACCAUUCCCAGAGCUGUGGGUUCCACGGUUACCUACAGCUGUAUCUCUGGGUAUGAAUUCAGUGGAGGUAUACCAAGGACCUGUACUGCCAGUGGGUGGUCUGAUGGUGGUAGUCCAACUUGUACAGUAGGUAGCUGUGGAUCAUUAGAUGAUCCUAUCAAUGGAAGAGUCACUACAACAGGGACCACCUACCAAGGCACUGCUACCUACACCUGUGACACUGGCUACACUCUGACUGGAGAUAUGACCAGGACUUGUCAGGCUAAUAGAGACUGGACUGGGUCAGAACCUGUGUGUAAUCCUGUCAACUGUGGUUCCCUGGACGCCCCCUUCAAUGGAGCAGUGGACACAUCCUCUGGAACCACCUUCAUGAUGACUGCUACCUACACCUGUAACACUGGAUACACUAUGGUUGGAGCUGUGACCAGGACUUGUCAGGCUAAUGCAACAUGGAGCCUCUCUGCACCCACCUGUACUGCUCUGUGUCCUCGUGAGCCCCUCUCCAAUGGAAUGGUGACCUACUCACCUUCUGAUGGCCCUCCACCAGUUGGAGCAGUGGCCACUUACUCUUGUAACACUGGCUAUGAACUGACUGGUGCUAGUACGAGGAAUUGUGUGGCUGUCAAUGGAUGGAGUACAUCUCUGCCUGUUUGCAAUUCUGUUGACUGUGGUUCGCUCACUGACCCCUCCAAUGGAACAGUGGACACAACCUCUGGAACCACCUUCAUGAUGACUGCUACCUACACCUGUAUCACUGGAUACAACAUUGUUGGAUCAGACACUCGAACUUGUGAGGCAAACAAAAUAUGGACUCCAGAUGCCCCCACCUGUGAACCUGUUGACUGUGGUUCCCUCACUGUUACUAACGGACAAGUUAGUACAUCCUCUGGAACCACCUUCAUAAACACUGCCACCUACACCUGUGAUGAUGGAUACAAUCUCAAUGGAGCAUCAGAUAGAACCUGUCAAGCUAAUGGAAACUGGGACCUAACAGCACCUACCUGUGAUCCUGUUGAAUGCGGUCGCUUAAAUAAUCCAACCAAUGGAGCAGUGGACACAUCCUCUGGAACCACCUUCACUGCUACCUACACCUGUAACACUGGAUACAACAUUGUUGGUAGUCAGAGCAGAACUUGUGGAGCAAGUGGAACAAGUGGAGUGUGGUCUGGACAAGCUCCAGUGUGCAACUCCAUACAAGUGGUGAUCGGCCCCAGUGGUGUUCCAAUGGCUGGUCAGAGUUUCUCCCUCACUUGUUCCCUGAGUGGAGGAGCCUCUCUACAACCCACCCUCUCCUACCAGUGGACGAGGGAGGGAGGGUCACUCAUGACCAGCACAGCAACCCUCAACUUUGACACUCUCUACUUGUCAGACGCUGGUCAGUACAGCUGUCAGGUCAUCCUCACCUCCAGUCAGCUUGAGGGGGAACACACUGUAACUGCUCACUACACCAUUGAGUUCAUUAGCCUGCACAUUCAACUUGGUCUGGAGGGAAUAACAAACUGCAGAGUGUACACUGAACAAGACGCUGAUAUGAAAACAGAUGACAUCACCAAUAGUCUGACACAAGGCAUUGAAAGCCAGUGUGCCUGUGGAUUCAACUCUUUCCUCAUUUUGAAUUCAUUCAUGGUUUGUUUCGAUGCCUCCCCUAGUCAUGUGACCUACCGAGCCGUGCUGACUGGAACAGAGAGUGUAUCCACCAUACAACUGGCUAGGCUAAUGGAACAGUGGGUUGAGAAUGAUCCAAUCGUUGUGGUGCAGAGAGCAGGCCUCAGUGUAACUAACACUUGCCCUGUGGUGAUCAUUGACAGAAAUAGUCCAGAGUGCCCUGAGGACAUCACUAAUCGGACAACUGCUACUACCACACCCACAGAGAGUGUAGUGGUCAAUGUUAGUGCAGUGGCUGGUUGGGUGGUUGCUGGAGUCUUGGCCAUUGCUGUGCUAGUACUGAUUGUAAUAGUGGUGCUGUUGUUACUAAGGCAACGGAGGUCUGGAUCCAAGGACAUGAGUGAUGAGAGGACAGGCAGCCAACCAACACAACUACCCCCAGUGGUGAUGAGUCAUCUCCCCUCCCCUGAUUACGAGGGGUUGAGCAAACUACAAGAGGAGGCUACCUAUGAGGUGGUGGACCAGCCACGCCCCCCUCCUCCUGCAAACUACCCGCUCUCAGCCUGUGCAGCUUAUGCAUCCACUGACUGCAACACAGAGAACAAGUAGACACUAUGUAAUAACACAUGUAGUCUAGUUUGUCAAUGUAUCACUACGUGUCACUGUUAUUUUAGCAAGUUGUUAGUAGAUCGAGAUCUAUAUACGCAAAAAUCAUUCAUUUGCUUUGA